GAUAGGUACUCUCAGUGUUCAACGCUACUCCUAUUGGCUAUCACACAGUAAAGCUGCACUGAUCGGACCACACUCCCUCUCCAGGUGCCUGAUGGAUGUGUGUCCAGCCGAGGGGUUGUCCGAGGUUGAGGCAGAGGCGGAGUCAGUCGAACCAAGCCCCCCAGUGUCUACCCCCAGAGAGGCCUCCCCUGAACCAGAACCAGAGCCGCAAAAUAAACAGUCUCCCACAGCGACAGAGGCCCCGGCAGUGACCGAACAGCCAGAACCAGCCGACCAGAAGACUCCACCCAUUGCCGCAACUCAGGAAGAGGAAAGUGCCGACGAAGCAGGGUGUGAAGUGCCCUCCAAUUGCUCUCCAAUCAGGAGCCUGCUUGUGCAUAUCCCCCACGCCUGCCAGUGCCUCGACAAUCUCACCAAGUUGCUACGCGACAACAACCUGAACCCUCCUAAACUGCCCAUGCUCGCCCUGCCAGAAGAGUUAACCCUGCUAAAACAUGAGAUGUCCGAGCUACCCAAGCAGGUGCGACAGUACUGCCAAAUGAUCCUCAAUCGCCUCAACAGACUUAACCCAAAUGCCGUGUCCCAAAUCCAACCCCAGGAAGAUGUCUCCAAGGAGUAACACUCCCUUCCCCUGUCACAACUCCUGCCCCUCCCUGCAGACCUGGAGUUAGAUUCGGAAAACUAGUGUCAAAUUAGAUCAACCGUCUCCUCAGAGCACUAAGUCAAGUUUCACCUAUCCUGAGACCUCCCGACCCCAUCCUGACCCCAUCCUGACCCCUUGACCACCGCCCUCCAAAUCUCUGCCAUCAUGCUCUCUACCGUGCACCCUGCUUCAUCGCGAAGAGCAGCAGCCAUCCACCCACUGCUCAGGGAGCGUUGGAAAGGACAGAGGAGGGAAUGUGCUGCCAGCGGUUAAAGUCGAGGAUGUGGACAGAGACGUAGUGAUGAGAGGGGGUUGCAACAUCCCCCAGAUCAUCACCUCCCAGGACCCCCUGUCCAUCUCUCUGACCGUGUCUCUCGCCCCCGGGACCAAGCGCAGGUAAACUGACUAUACACUCUGCUGCUUCAAAAGCCUGUCUGAUGAUUAUAGUAGCUGUACAGACUUGCUCUAUGGUGAUUUGCCUAGGUUGACAGACAAACAUUUAAUUUACUAGCCAUAUUGCCUUAAUAUCACUCUCUCUUUUUCUCACACAUUCAGCAAAGCUGUGGCUGCAGAGUAAGUUGUGGCAGCUUUGUUUGUGCAGUUUACCCUACCCUUGUCUCUUUGUCUCCUAUUGCCUAACCUUGUAUCACCUUUCCUUUAGUGGCUCGCUCCUCCCGGUAGAAGAGAGAAGUGCUGAAGAGGAUGAUGGUUUUGGUGUUGAUGACUUGGAGAUGCAGACCGGCCUCCUGACUGUGGAAGAUGAGGAUCGUCCAGCAUCAGCGGCAAGCUAUGGCAGUGUGAAUGUCCAAGAGAGAGUGACUACACUGGUCAAGCUGUUUAAGGCGAGGACGGUCCGCAAGAAGGAAAAACUGAUGGACCCUGACGAAUCUGAGGAAGACAGCCCUCAAACCUCCCCAGCCAAGGCGCCCCCUCCCCCUCCCCCAGAAGAGGACAAGGACAUCUCAGCCCCGGUGGAGGAGGAAGAGGAGGAGGAGUACUGGGACUUCUAUGGAUACCCAAUCAAAAUCCUCAAACUUCCCAAAAUGCCCCCACUUCCUAGUUGGCUUCAAACCAUAGUGGACUAUCGUUUCCCUUCCAGCAUCGACCCUUAUACUGACCUGGUCUACGUGGUGUGGCUGUUCUUUGUGAUGAUGGCGUGGAACUGGAACGUGUGGCUGAUCCCGGUGCGCUGGGCCUUCCCCUACCAGACUGCAGACAACAUCUACUGGUGGCUGUUAAUGGACUACACCUGUGACCUUAUUUACAUCACCGACAUCCUGGUCUUUCAGCCCCGCCUGGAGUUUGUACGCGGAGGAGAUAUUGUGUGUGACAAAAAGGACAUGAGAGACAACUACAUGACAACAGAACGAUUCAAGAUGGAUUGUGUCAGUAUGUUCCCCAUGGAGAUAUUUUACUACUUUACUGGCGUGAACUCCCUUCUCAGAUUCCCCCGCCUACUGAAGUACAUGGCUUUCUUUGAGUUCAACGACCGUUUGGAAGCAGUCAUGAAGAAAGCCUACAUCUACAGAGUGAUCCUGACCACUUCCUACCUGUUGUAUUCUCUCCACAUCAACGCCUGUCUGUUCUAUUGGGGUUCUGACUACGAGGGGCUGGGGUCCACUAAGUGGGUCUACAACGGCAAAGGGAACAGUUAUAUCCGGUGUUACUACUUUGCUGUAAAGACCCUGAUCACCAUCGGUGGUCUCCCGGACCCAACCACCGUGUUUGAGAUCACAUUCCAGCUCGUCAACUAUUUUGUUGGCGUCUUUGCUUUCUCCAUCAUGAUUGGUCAGAUGAGAGAUGUGGUGGGGGCUGCCACAGCGGGUCAGAACUACUACCGGGCCUGUAUGGACAACACCAUCAAGUACAUGACCUCCUACCACAUCCCCACAGAGGUCCAGAACCGAGUCAAGACCUGGUACGACUACACCUGGAAAAUACAGGGCAUGCUGGAUGAGCAGGAGCUGUUGAUCCAGCUGCCUGAUAAGAUGAGGAUGGACAUGGCUGUGGAUGUUAACUACUCCAUCGUGAGUAAAGUGGCCCUGUUCCAGGGCUGUGACAGACAGAUGAUCUUUGACAUGUUGAUGAGGCUCAAGUCUGUGGUCUACCUGCCUGGGGACUUUGUCUGUAAAAAGGGUGAGAUCGGCAGGGAGAUGUAUAUCAUCAAGCAGGGGGAGGUUCAGGUGGUGGGAGGACCUGAUUUGAAGACUGUGUUUGUGACAAUCAGGGCCGGCUCUGUGUUUGGAGAAAUCAGCUUGCUGGCAGGGGGCGGGGGGAACAGACGCACAGCCAAUGUGAUGGCUCACGGAUUCGCGAACCUCUUCAUCCUGGAUAAGAGGGACCUCUCAGACAUCCUGGUGCACUAUCCCGAGUCCCAGAAACUCCUCCGCAAGAAGGCCAAGAAAAUGCUGACGAAGGAUAAGAAGCCAGAGGAAAAGGCAGAGGUGAAGGAGACUGCCGAGGUGAUCCCAGACAGGCCGGAGACCCCCAAGCUGUUCAAAGCAGCCCUGGUGAUUACAGAGCAGGCAGGCAUUAAGGGCACCUUCGCCAAGCUGAAAGAGGGCUACAAACCUGCCGAGACUGAGUCCUCUGGACUCCCCAUACCUCCUCCCUCCCCAAUGGUGCACCGUCGCUCCCCCAUCCCCCCCACAGAUGCCCAGGUCGAGGAUGACGAAGAUGCGGUUUCCGAGACGACCGACAGCAUGAUGCUCAUCCGCAUGACACGCCGUCACAAAGGCGAGGAGCUCCUGUCCGUCGAGCAGAAGCCUGGAGAUGAAGAGGAGGAGAUGGAGAAGAAGUAGAAGGAGACCGAGAAGGAAAUUGACAGAAAGAGAAGGGGAAGAAAUGUUGUGAUCACCCGCUACUCUUCUCUACUCUUCUGUGUGUAUUUUGACUGAGAUUUCAGACCGAAAUGGUAAAAAAAAAAAACAUUAUUUCUCUAUUGCCGAGUUCACUUCAUGUCAGAAACUCUGGAUCUCCGAGUUAAUAUGAACGUAAGUUAUUUGCGUAGAGCUAGUGGGAAACUCGAGUAUUAUCUUUCUAUAACGAGUAAGCAAGUCGGAAAUGUCUGAGUUUCCGACAUGACAUGAACACGGCAUAUGUCCCCCUCGGGUUAAAUUCACUUUACAGAGUUAUCCUGUCAUAUUCUGUGUGCCCCUUCUGUCCCUCACUCUCUCGUGGUCUCACUGAUGUUGUGUGUGUUAAAUGCGUUUUAGUACCUUAAAGCGGCAAUUAGCAGUUGAAACAAUAACGAGUACUUCCUGUCCCUUUUUCGGUAAAAAGCUGAGGGAUGGGGCUGGAGAAAUGUAACCACUGUCAAAUUCAUAGACAGAGCUAUGGAUGGAAGGAUUGACCAUCCAUGAUAUCAAAAUGUAGUGUUAUGCAUGUUUUGAGGCUAUAUAGUGUUUGUUUACAUUUGUUUUGUUUAAAACAUUGAAGUAAAAAAAGCUUAUUAUUUUGGGUUCUGAAAUGGUAUGACAGUUGAACUAAACUCAUGAGACAAGUUAGAUAAGUUAUAUUCUUCAAGAAUUAAUGGGUACAUAUCAUUCAUUUAUAUGUACAAAAAAAUGAUGUAGCAACUGCAGAUUGCCCCUUUAAUCCUUAUUGAUGCUUCAUAAUCCUAUAUAGCCUUGUUAUAAAACUCCAUUACCCAGGGGGCUUAGCUCCAGGUCUCCUACUGCUUCCUGCUUCGAAGUACUGCCACUCUCCCAAAGUACCUGUGACAGAGGCAAUAUGGCCUUAACCAAAAUCUAGACGUUGCUGGUUUCUAUAUUUCUUUAGCCAUUCCAUUUUAAAAGAGAGGCCAUUUUCUUUUGUAGGCUGUGUCACAAGAGUGAACACUAGUAUGUUUAGCAUUUCAUCUUUGGGAAAACAUCUGUGUUUCUCUGAUCUGAGGUAUAUGGGCAAACUUUUUUUUCUUUCGUAUUUGAACUGUUAAGAGUGAGUGGUCCUGUGUUGGUUUUCUUUGGUGCCGUGACGCAUCACACUAGUCGAAAUCUGAUUGGCUGAUUCAGGGUCAUGCCAUGUGUCCUCCUGUCUGCAGGAGGAGCACAAAUGGGUUUCAAUGAUUUCACUGAGUUUUCGAGGUCAGAGAGAGUGUGUGUGUAAAAUGUGGAUAUGAGUGUGUAUGAGCAGGAAGAGGUGCAGAAAGCCAGAGGAAGUGUUCAUUGUGUCCGUCUCAACCAAACGGGGAAAGGCGGGAAUUAAACAAUGCUGAGCAAGCCUCAGAACUAACCUCUGUCCAAUUCUGUGCUUACAUCUCAGGGUGUGAUGAAGUGUGUGCUUACUUGUGGUAGGAGUCACAUUUGAACUGACAUUACAGUUAACUUUCCAACCCCUUCCCAUAUCUAUCAGUGACCUUAAGUCAGGCACAUAGUGGGUUGUCAUAGUGGGUUCUUUUUACACACCAUAGCAUACUUCAGCCAUAAAAAGAUGCCUAGGUGCUAUUAGAAGAUUUAGGACUAGAUUCAAUCCGUAUCGCAGAAGUAGGAUAUCAAGGAAGAUCAGCAUUAUAUGUUCCCGCAUUCGCCGAUACUAGAUUCAUGGUUAAACUAUGCACGUGUCGGCUCAAUUCGAAAAUGACCUUUACAUUUUAACGUGGAUCUUCCUAGAUACUUCCGUGAUACGUACUGAAUCCAGCCCUUAAGCGCAACGCUCAGGGAUUAUGCCCAUAUUUCAUGUUUUUACGAGACUGUUUUUAACGGAUAUAUAUCAGUCGACUGGACAAGCUUUUUUUGUGUCAUUUUCAACUGAGAAAAUAUCAUUUUGAACCAUUUUGGAAAUAAAAGCUUGUGAAUCCAAAGUCAAGCAUUUAUAGAUAUUUUGUUGUUUUUGUGUUUAAAUUAUAUCUUUGGAACCAACAGCUGAAUACAACUGGCUAUGUAAACUCCCUUGUUGGAUUCAGAUAGAUUUUUGAUAAUGAAGAAGAAUGUUUUACAGAUGACUAUUUGCAGAGUAUUGUAACAGGUAUGGUGAAAGCAUAUGUAUGCAGCUUGUAAACAAUAAAAAUACUGCGCUUA